AUGAUUUCAACAAUCGGCACAACAACAAUUCAAGCCGCGAACGGCAGGACUCUGGCCGCAACAACAGCACCAAACUCGUUAGUCAUGAAUCCAACAUCUAUGUUAGUAGAAAUGAAAAACUUCAUUCCUUCUUCAUUUACUUUCGAAACAGAAAUACAAAAAAUUAAGCAGGAACUUUUAACAAGUAAUUUAGACUGUACCGCACAGGAUGAAGAAAAUGAAGAAUAUCUUUAUGAAAUGCAAGAUAUCAUAGACCAUUUACCUAAAUUACCUGAAGUUCAGCAACAGAAACUGACUGUUCCUGAAUUCGAUGAAAUAGAAGUGAAAGUUAGUGAUUCUGCAGAAAUUAAGAAAUUCAUUCGUAAGGUAAAUUCUGAAUUCUUAGGUUUUCAUUGUAACCAUAAAGUUAUGGAUAAAGACUGCGGCAUGAUUUAUAAAAACAUCUCUGACAUAUAUAAAUCGGGGGAGUUUAAGACAUACAAUAACUUUGUUUCAUUAGCUGCAAAAUGUGUGUGGGAGAUUAGAGAUAAAGACAGAAGAGGUAAAGUAUGGCAUGAACAGAUAAAACCAACUGCUUCAGAUUUAAAGAAAGUCAUUGACGCCUUAGUUGUUUUAGCAGGUAAGGUUUCAGAAUAUAACGCAAAAAUGAAUCCGCAAUGUUCUAAAUGUAAAGCAGCAAUUAGGAAAUAUAACUAUUCAGUAAAAGAGAUAGAAAGAAUGAGAAACGAUUACGAAGAUUUAAAGAGGGAGGCAGAGAAACCAGCAGAAGAUAAAAUGAACAUGUUAGAAUUUCUGAAUAAAAACUAUCCCACAGCCGAUGAUUUCCUUUUAUCUGAUGUUAAGAAGAAGUAUAAAGAAACUUUCGGCAUUGUUAAAACUUUUGAUAUAUUAACUGAAGAAAUAGAAGCUACAAAAAUAUUUAAAAUUUCACGAAUUCAUAACGUAUAUCAUGUGAAACGUUUAUAA